AUGGGGGUUCCGGCGUUUUACCGGUUGGCAGAUCGGUACCCGCGGUCGAUUGCUGGGGUCGAGGAGGAGCCGAUGGCGGACGGUAACGGAGUUGUUACCCCCGUCGACGUGUCGAAACCUAACCCUAACGGCAUAGAAUAUGAUAAUAUGUACUUGGACAUGAACGGGAUUAUUCAUCCUUGUUUUCACCCCGAAGGCAAGCCUGCACCUGCCUCCUACGACGAUGUAUUUAAAUCUAUAUUUGAUUACAUUGACCAUAUAUUCUCGUUGGUUCGUCCAAGAAAGCUUCUCUAUAUGGCAAUUGAUGGAGUGGCGCCGAGAGCUAAAAUGAAUCAGCAGCGUUCUCGGCGCUUCAGAGCUGCAAAGGAUGCUGCUGAGGCUGAAGCUGAAGAAGAAAGGUUAAGGAAAGAAUUUGAGGAAGCUGGGAAAAUCUUGGCUCGUAAAGAAAAGCCUGAAACUUCUGAUUCAAAUGUCAUCACUCCUGGCACACAAUUUAUGGCCAUGCUAUCAGUAGCACUUCAGUACUAUAUACAAUCUAGGUUGAACCACAAUCCAGGGUGGCGGUUUACAAAGGUUAUACUUUCUGAUGCGAAUGUUCCUGGUGAAGGAGAGCACAAAAUCAUGUCUUACAUUCGAUUGCAGCGCAACCUUCCUGGUUUUGAUCCAAACACUCGGCAUUGUCUGUAUGGCCUAGAUGCAGAUUUGAUUAUGUUGUCUUUAGCCACACAUGAGGUUCACUUUUCAAUAUUAAGAGAGGUGAUCACUUUUCCUGGGCAACAGGAAAAAUGUUUUCUUUGUGGUCAAGCUGGUCAUUUAGCAGCUGAGUGUCGUGGUAAAUCGGGCGAUAAUGCUGCAGAUGGGAAUGGGGUGGAUGAUGCUCCAAUUCACAAGAAGAAGUAUCAGUUCCUAAACAUUUGGGUGUUGCGAGAAUAUUUGCAAUAUGAUUUGGACAUACCUAAUCCACCAUUUCCAAUAAACUUUGAGCGAAUAGUGGAUGAUUUUGUGUUUUUGUGUUUCUUUGUUGGCAAUGACUUUCUCCCACAUAUGCCGACAUUGGAAAUUAGAGAGGGUGCUAUAAAUUUACUGAUGCAUGUUUAUAGAAGGGAGUUCGCUGCCAUGGGUGGUUAUCUUACUGAUGGUGGUGAGGUUUUGUUAGACAGAGUAGAGAAAUUUAUCCAGUCUGUUGCUGUAUAUGAAGAUCAAAUUUUUCAGAAGAGGACUCGUAUACAACAGUCUAUGGAGUAUAAUGAGAGUCUUAAAGCAAGAAGAGAGUCUACUGAAGAGCCACAGGCACCAGCUGAGGAUAGGGUUAAAUUGGGGGAGCCUGGGUAUAAAGAUAGGUAUUAUGCUGAGAAGUUUGACGUAUCAAAUCCACUGGAGAUUGAUCAAAUUAAGAAAGACGUGGUUUGGAAGUAUGUGGAAGGUUUAUGUUGGGUUUGUCGCUAUUACUACCAAGGUGUCACCUCUUGGCAAUGGUUUUAUCCAUACCAUUAUGCUCCAUUUGCUUCGGAUCUCAAAGAUCUGUCUGACUAUGAAAUAACACUUUUUCCGGGAGAACCGUUUAAGCCUUUUGAUCAGCUCAUGGGAACCCUGCCAGCUGCUAGUUCCAGUGCUUUGCCAGAAAAAUACAGAAAUUUGAUGAUUGAUUCGUCAUCACCUAUCUAUAAAUUCUAUCCUUCUGAUUUUGAGGUUGACAUGAAUGGUAAACGCUUUGCAUGGCAGGGUGUUGUGAAAUUGCCAUUUAUUGAUGAGAAGAAGUUGCUUACUCAAACAAAGAAGCUUGAAGCCGCUUUAACGGAAGAAGAACAGUUACGAAAUAGUGUGAUGCAUGAUUUAUUGUAUGUUAGUUCUGGUCAUCCUCUGUCUCGACAAAUUUCUUUAUACUAUCAGCAAAACUAUUGGUUACCUAAACAUGAAAGAUUUUUUUGGAGGAUUGAUACAAAUGCCAGUGGUGGAAUGAAUGGAUACAUUUGGUUGUAUGAGAGGAAUGUGUUAUGUUGUUUCGUCUCUUCACCUGUCAGGGGAUUGCCACACAUAGAGUGUAACCAAGUUUUAAACAUUACUUAUUUUAAUCCUGAAAAGCAUAAACACAUCCCAGAACCUCCCAAGGGUGUAAUCAUGCCUGAUAAGAUCUUAACUGAUAUAGACAUUAAACCAUUUCCUACUCUAUGGCAUGAAGAUAAUAGCCGGCGUCAACAAGGCAGAGACAGGCCACAUUUACCUGGAGCGAUGGCUGGCCCUGUGUUGGGAGAAGCAGCUCAUCGUCUUGUUAAGAAUACACUUAACUACAAACCUAAUGGUUCUUCUGGGUUAGUUGAGCAACUGAUGUACCGUAAUAUCCCAUAUCCAGUUACUAGACCUAGACCAGCUGGACCCUCUGGAAAUGAAAGGGGAUUUGGCGAUGACCCAAAUUCUAAUAAUGGAUAUUACUAUAAUAUGCAAGGCAUAGUGAGUAACUCUAGAUCUCCCAAUCCAUCAAAUGGUGUGCAAGGCAACAGACACAACUCUAGGAUGCAGGACAGGUAUCAAUACCAAGAACAGUAUGGUGAUAUGAGGACUGGUAUGUCCCAUAUGAGAAUAGAAGAAAGUAUAAGAAGUAGGCCUCCCGCAGGGACGCAUUACAGAAUGCCUAAUUCAGGAUACUCGGGGAAUUCAAACCAGCAGUUUGCGCAGAACAUGAAUCCACUUCCAUCUCCACCCACCAAUUGGAUUAAUAAACAAGUACCCGGAGAUAAUAGAAUGUAUACUAAUGGAGUAUAUGAGAAGCAGCAAGUGAAGACGGUUUAUCAGGCCAAGACGACACAACUGUCCCCAGAAGAUAUCUUGAAGUAACAGUGACUUUUGUGGAUUUGGUCGAACUUAACUGUUCUUUUGCAUUGGGUACCCCUUCUGUAGCAGUAGUUAUGUGGCCAUUUUAAUCUGUAUUGUUAGGACAAUGUUUCGGGAAACAUACCAGAUCUGUCUGUUGGGGUGCCGCAAAUAGACAGCAGGAGGUGCAAGUUAUUGCUGUAACUUUUCCUUCCCUCGCUUAACAAAUUUGCUUUCAAUACUGGGACAAGAUUUGAAAAUCAGUCGAAUUUGGAAGGUGAGGUUCUGUAUUACACAAUGUAAUUGUAGUUGCAGGUUUUCAGCUGUAGAUUUUCUAAUACUUUCAUGUUUGGGAUGAUUUGUAUAAAGGAAACUGGAGCUACAGUUAGUUUUAGGGUAGUAAGAUGAACUUUACUGCCUCGUGUACUGGUUUUAUUAUUGAAGAUGUAGCAAAAUCAGCUAAAACAGCUGAUUUAUGUUUCAAGCGAGAAGAUGUAAACCACUGUGUGUGUGUACUUAAAUCUCAAAGUACUUUCUAGUAUCCAGA